UCUCUCUCUCUCUCUCUCUCCCCCCCCCCCCCACGACGCUGGCCUUCCGCGGACCCUCUCAGCGAUGUGGAGCUGCAUGGCCCACAAUGAGUCAGACGCCAGCGACGCGGACCACCAGCUCUGCCAGGACCUGGGCCUCAUCCUGUCGGCGUUCUCCGUCCUCUACCUCGCCGUGGGCUUCCCCGUGGGCCUGUGCUACAACGCCCUGCUGGUGGCCGUCAACCUGUCCAACAAGGCGUCCAUGACCAUGCCCGACGUGUACUUUGUCAACAUGGCCAUCGCCGGCCUGGUGCUGAACCUGGUGGCGCCCGUGGAGCUCCUGGGGCCGCACUUCACCCGCUGGCCCGCCUGGGAGUACAACAACGAGGUGUACAUCACCCUGCUCAUCCUGUUCAACGUCUCCUCCCUGGUGGUCAUGUACUCCACCACGCUGCUCAGCCUGGACUACUACAUCGAGCGGGCGCUGCCGCGCACCUACAUGUCCAGCGUGUACAACACCAAGCACGUGUGCGGCUUCAUCUGGGGCGGCGCCGUGCUCACCAGCUUCUCCUCGCUGCUCUUCUACGUGUGCAACCACGUGUCCACCAAGAUCAUCGAGUGCUCCAAGAUGCAGAACAAGGAGGCGGCCGACGCCAUCAUGAUCUUCAUCGGCUACGCCGUGCCGGCGGCGGGCUUGCUGUACGCCUUCGCGCUCAUCCUGCGUAUCCGCAAGGAGUCCACGCCGCUGGACCAGGACUCGGCGCGCCUGGACCCGUCCAUCCACCGGCUGCUGCUGGCGUCAGUGUGCGUGCAGUUCGCCCUGUGGACGCCCUACUACAUGACGCUGCUGGUGCACACCGUGGUGGGCGCGCCGGGCAACCACAGUGGUGGCGGCCGGCGGCGGCGGCGGCGGCGGUAGUAGAAGGCCGGGCCUACCGUGUACUACUUCCUGCGGUGCUUGGCCGAGCUGAUGGCGUUCUCCAGCAGCUUCGCCAUGCCGCUCAUGUGGCAGAUGAACAAGAACUUCUCGCACAAGCUGCAGCGGCUGCUCGCGCGGCUGCACUGCGGCCGCGAGCGCGCCUGCCCCCACGAACGCUCCGCCGUGCAGCAGGUGGUCACGUGAGGUUCCGAUCCCACCAAGCCCACCCCAUCCCCCUCUCCCCCCCCCAAACCCCCCAGUCUCUCUUUGGACUAGCCGGCACUUAUCCCCAUCCCCGCCCACCUCCCCCCCCUUACAGAGCCAGUAUCCUGUCGCGCUUUCCUGCUGCUGCUGUGGACUGUGAAAGAAGCGGACAUUGCUGAGAGCGGCAUUUCCUGUGUCGUUGACCGUCGUCCAGAACUUGAUUUGAGCUCUCGUACCAUAUGAGGGGUAUCUGAUCGGAGAGCCGUACCUAAGUUGCAAAAAAUACCACUAAGUGCUGUGUUGUUUUUCUGUCGUCCGUUAGCUAGGUAAAAGCUCGCUCCACUAUGACACUUGAUCACUAGAACCGGAAAGGAACUCUACUUGCCGACUUGUACACUUUAGAUCUUAGUUCUCCCUUUGGUUACUUCUCUCUCACACACACACACACACACACACACACACACACACACACACACACACACACACACACACACACACACACACAUACACACACACACACACACACACACACACACACACACACACACACACACACACACACACACACACCUUGUUAUAUGCACAAGACAACUGUGUUGAAGUUCCAUUUGUUAUCUGUAUAUGGCUAUAUAUGCCAGUAGUAGCGUAAAGGAGCUACAAUCAGGAACUUGAAUUAUGCAGAGGGUAUGAAAUCUUCUUUCACGCAUGGACAGAACUGUUGCAGUCAUUGUUUUUGUUUUUUUCAGAAUUGUUGCAUCAGUGUAUUCUCACACCAUUUUAGAAAUCUAGACAGAUUUAUAUAUAUAUAGAAUAUAUACGAUUCAAACAAGGAUGUGUGUAUCUGGGGUUCAAACAUAACCGCCGUACCUCUAGCCAUCUAUGAUGAAAUCACGUCACCUGUUAAACUAUUAUUACUAGUUCUGGAACUAGUGAAGACAUGAAAAACACCGGAUCAAUUUGUAUUGAUUACACUUACCUCGGUCAAGCAUCAAAAUGAAACUCUUAAGCUAUAAAUAUACACAAAUAUAUACAGUUUAUACUGUAUGCUCCUCGGGGAGAAGCGCGUGUUAAAAUGGGGGAGGGGGGGGGGGGUAAAAAGGCACUUAUAAUAGCAGCGUAGCGGAGACAUGCAGACGGGACUGUUUGACUUCAGAAACUCACGAGAACGCUUCACACGAGCACAGAGGAUCAGCUGCCAAACACCUGCAACCGCUGUGCUGGAGAGAGAGCGCCAUCGUAACAACUGAAAGCACUGCUGGAAGGAUUAAGGGUAUUGAGCAUGUCGCAUGGGGGAAAAGCUAAGGAAUGUUCCCAGUUAGUUUAAAAACAAAUGAGUAAAUAUGCUAUGACAUUUUCCCAAUUUAGAUAUAUUCCUGCUUUUCAUUAUAAUAAAAUAUUUUUUUGUAAACAGUGUAAAAGAGGAUGGCCAGUUUAUUUAUUGUCAUUGCAUGGCAAGCACAUUCCCUGGUGGAAAGAUUUUGGUUUAUUGGCUGACCCCAGAAAACCUGUGCAGACGCUCUGUCGAUCAAAAUUGCUGCAUCCUAUGAGGACUUCUUUGCUGACAAAAACAAGAGAGCUCACGACUGUCAAACAGACUUGUGUGUUGCUGCUGACCACCGAGUGAGAUUGGCAGUCACACAUAGUUUCUGAGCUGCUAACAAUACAUAACCAACCCUUGUUCUUACAUCACUUACACUAGAACGAUUGCGUCUUCGUAAAUUUGCAUGGUUACAAAAAGUGAAGUUGGCAAACAGAAAGCGUCAUGUGAUGAAGUAAUGAAGGAAGUAUUUGAGACGGGCAUUAAAUGUUUGUCAUGGUUCCUGUUUUGUUGGUUCUUCGAAGUGUGACUUGAAUCAGUCAUGCUUGUAUCUUCGAGCAGGCCACAAUAAAAUAAUAACAGUUCGGACAGUUCCCGUAGGCCUACUAUCUCAGAUCAUCUUAACACAGUUAAUCAUUAAUUUAAAGUUCAAUCCCAGUGGCAAUGAUUAAGGUGUGUUAAAGCUUCCACAUUGUAAAGCUUCCACAUCGUGUCAAUCCUACACCACAGCUCUGAGGAUGCCUGGGACAUCUUAACACAUUACGUUUUUGAUAAGCAGUUCAACUUGUAUGCUCUUAAGCAAUAGAAUAGAUUAAUUGAAUGAGCAAUUUAAAGUAUUGAGUAAACAUUACAAGGCUAGGCUAAUGAUGGCUCCGUCUUUAGCCUUAAUCAUAAUGGCCCCCAGUGAUCAUUAAUCAGGUUGUCUUUAUAUUAUAUCAGGUUGUCUUUAUAUUAGGCCCUAAACAUGUUGCAUCUAUUUCAUCUAUUAUUUGGACGCAUGCAAUACCUUCAGAACAUAUCCCUAAAAUAAUCAUUUUAUCAACAAAUCACGUAGUUUGUAACCUCUCUAAAUACACUGAAGACCAGAGGGGCCUUCACUAAUGUGUAAAGUUCCCUUGAAAGGUGGUUAAAUAACAUCUCGGAUUACUUCUGAAUACAUUAGUUUCCUCUUCGGUUUAACAACUAAUGUCUGCAAAAUAUUUAAAUGAAAAUGAGCGAAAAAUAACACUGCACUAAUGCUCUCACCAAAACCGCAAACAAAUUCACAUUCUGAUCGGUUGCUUUGUGUCCAAGAUCUGUGUGUAAAGUCUCGGAAAGUGUGUAUGUUGAGUGUGUUAGAGAUAUACCAGGGGACACCAUGCCCUUUUAAAAAAUAAUUCAAUAAAUUAUCUUCAGAAAGUUAUACAGUAGAUACUGUAGCAUUCUUAACUGUCAACUGAGUCGAAGACCUGAUUACACAAUAAACGUACAAAUCCUA